UUGGUUACCUGACAGCCAGCGUUGGAGGCGCCGGCAUGGGCAGUUCUAGAGAGAGCAGCCGCCCCAGGAGCUGACAAGAGUCCGCCCUUCAUCCCCCGUCGGCCGCUUAACCACGGGUCGCCACCGCCUGCCUGCCUUCAGCCCAGGGCUCCAACCGAGCGGGAAUCGUGUUUUUUGCAAAGAAGAGGCGGCGGCCGUGGCGGCGGCAGGGACUCGAGAAAACUUCCUGUCGCUGGGGAGGACGGCGAAGUUGUCCCCGGCAGCGGCGGCCCGAGGCGACGGGCGCGGGCUAGUCCCGCUGCUCGCCCGCUCUGAGUGGGGCUGGGGAGGCAGCGGCUGCUGCUGCCGCACGGGAGCCUUGCAAACGGGCCGCCCCGCGGUUGUCCCGCGGCGGCCGUCGCCAUCCUCUAGCAGCCGGACUUUAUCAGUGGGGCUGCCAUGCCAGCCGUCAGUUUGCUGCCGCUUUUCGGCAGCCCCGCCAACCCGGGCACUUUGGGUGGCUCCUUAGGCGGGGGUCCCUUGGGAGGGCCCGGGAGCCGAAAAGGGCCCGGCCCCAGCGGUGCGUUCCGACUGACGGAAAAGUUCGUGCUGUUGCUGGUCUUCAGCGCUUUCAUCACGCUUUGCUUCGGUGCCAUCUUCUUCCUGCCGGACUCCCCCAAAUUGCUCAGCGGCGUCUUCUUCCACUCGACCACCCUCCAACAGCCGCCGCCGCCGGCGGCGGGGCCGCCCGCCCAGAGCGAUCCGCACGUCCCGCCACCGGCCGGUGCGGGGAGUAGCAGCAGUUUCGGGGCCGGCUCGGCGGCGGCGGAGGAAGCGGCGGAGAACUUAGCCAAGAUCCGUGAGGAUCACGAGCGCGCUUUGCGAGAGGCGAAAGAGACUCUGCAAAAACUGCCCGACGAGAUCCGCAGGGAAAUCCACCAGGACAAGGUGAAGCUUCUCAUGCAGGACAAGUUGGGCCGGGGAGAGCCGGGGGCUCCCGGAUUGCCCGACCUACCUUUCCGCAAACCUAUCGGGGCCGUCGGAACAGAACCCAGCGACCUCGCCGUCCAGCAGAAAAGAGAAAAGAUCAAAGAGAUGAUGAAACAUGCCUGGGAUAAUUACAAACAUUAUGCCUGGGGAUUAAAUGAAUUGAAACCCAUAUCAAAACAAGGACACUCAAGCGAUUUAUUUGGUAAUAUUCAAGGAGCAACUAUUGUUGAUGCCUUAGAUACACUGUAUAUCAUGGAAAUGAAAGAAGAAUUCAAAGAAGCCAAAGAAUGGGUAGAAAAAAACCUUAAUUUUAAUGUGAAUGCAGAAAUCUCAGUUUUUGAAGUAAACAUCCGUUUUGUUGGGGGAUUACUUUCAGCAUACUAUCUUUCUGGAGAAGAGAUAUUCCGAAAAAAAGCAGUAGAACUAGGGGAGAAGUUGCUUCCAGCUUUUAAUACCCCCACAGGAAUUCCUUGGGCAUUAUUAAAUAUCAAAAGUGGCAUUGGUCACAACUGGCCCUGGGCUUCAGGUGGAAGCAGUAUUUUGGCAGAAUUUGGAACACUCCAUUUGGAGUUCAUACAUUUAAGCUACUUAUCUGGAAAUCCGCUGUUUGCUGAAAAGGUUAUGAACAUUCGAAAAGUAUUAAACAGAUUAGAUAAACCAGAAGGACUCUAUCCUAAUUAUUUAAACCCCAACAGUGGUCAAUGGGGACAGCAUCAUGUCUCCGUUGGAGGACUUGGGGAUAGUUUUUAUGAAUAUUUGCUGAAAGCAUGGUUGAUGUCUGAUAAAACAGAUGAAGAAGCCAGGGAAAUGUAUUAUAAUGCUGUUCAGUCCAUAGAAACCCAUCUAAUCAGGAAAUCCAGCAAUGGUUUAAUGUACAUUGCUGAGUGGAAAGGUGGCCUCCUUGAACACAAAAUGGGUCAUCUCACUUGUUUUGCUGGAGGGAUGUUUGUUCUGGGUGCAGAUGGAGCACCAGAUGAUCAAACUGGACAUCACAUUGAACUUGGAGCUGAAAUUGCCCGCACAUGUCAUGAAUCUUAUGAUCGUACAGGCAUGAAAUUGGGGCCAGAAGCUUUUCGAUUUGAUGGCGGAGUUGAGGCAAUUGCUACCAGACAAAAUGAAAAAUAUUACAUCUUAAGACCUGAAGUUAUAGAAACUUAUAUGUAUAUGUGGCGAUUCACUCAUGACCCCAAGUACCGGCAGUGGGGUUGGGAAGCUGUAGAGGCAUUGGAAAAAUAUUGCAGAGUAGAUGGUGGUUAUUCUGGCCUUAGGGAUGUUUACAGCAGUCGUAAAAGCCAUGAUGAUGUGCAACAAAGUUUCUUCCUUUCAGAAACGCUCAAGUACUUAUAUUUAUUAUUCUCUGAAGAUGAUAUUCUUCCAUUUGAACAUUGGGUCUUUAACACGGAGGCACAUCCUUUCCCAAUUAUUAAAAGAGGAAAAGAGGAAAAAGACAGCAAAUAAAGCUGUUUUGAAUUUUAUUUGGGCAUAUUAUAUGGCUGUUAAUGUUCUAGUUGGCAUUUUUUAGUUUUAAACCAGGUUCUGUUUCAUGUUUUGUUUCUUUCUUGUUUCGUUUCUUUGUUUGUUUUUGCAGUCUGCUAUCAACCUGGCAAUUUUUCUCAAGGAACCUAAUAUUAUUAAUUUUAAUUAUUAAUUUUUAUGUUUUCCCAGAACGUGUCAUCUCUAGUUUUUGUUGACCAUCAGUAUAAUGAGUACUUGGUCAAACAGAAUACAGAAUUCAUCAUGUUACUUACUUUUUACUUUAUGUUUAGACUGCAAAAUUGGUUCCUCCUCUGUGAGGAGAUGUCUGCUUUAAGCUGUAAUACUUUGCUGUGUUGCAAAAAGCCAUAAAGAAUUAAGUACGAAGAGCUUUUUUCUUUUUAAAUCUGCUCCAGUGGGAUUUGUCUGAUCAGUGGAGACAAAUCUAACUGUGACAGCCUCUUCUUAUGCGGGUCUAUCAUUAAUUGGUAAUCAGAAUACUUAGAAAGAUGUACUAUUCAUAUUAACCAGAUAUAGUUUUAUCUUAUCUGUAUAUACAAUUACAUUGAACUGUGGCUUGUCUUAGAAGCCUGGAUUAUGAAAUCUUUUUCACAUAUUUACAUAUCAAGCCUAACCACAGAUAACUUUCGUGCCCAUCUAUUUCUUUAUCUCUGAAUUUAUUUCAUAAACAACUGUGAAAUUGGGUUGACAUUUGGACAUGGCUUCACAGAUACUCUUUGAGACUACACAGUUCUCAAAGCCUGUCUUGGUGAAAAUAGAAGUUCAGCAGUAUUUUCACUGAAAGGAAAAAUCUGUUUCCUGUAAAACUUUAGUAGUUAUGCAAAAUGAACUAAUCUAAUGUGCGAUAUCCUUUUUGUGCUUUGAGAUUGGUUAGUCCAAUUCUAUAAGUCUCUAGUUAUUAUUUCCAACAUUCCAUUAGCUUUUUCUUCCACUUGACAGAUAUUGGGCACAAUAAUGUGGAAAGGGGGGGGGAUAAUAUACCUCAGAGGUACCAUGUUUUAGAAGUUCACACUGUGGUUCUAAUUCUCUUUUGAAAGAAUUGACCACAGUACUUUAAUGCUUUACUGCAGGGGGGAGGGGAACCUAAACUGUUCCCUACUUUAUCAAAUGUUGACUGACUUUUUUUUUUUAGUUUUGUUACGGAAUGGUUCUUUUUCCUGUUUACAUUUGGGAUGCUUCUGUAAAUAUUAUAGUUUUAAUAAGCAACAUUAAACAAUGCGAGUAGGGAUGGAUUUUAUAUGAUACAUCAUGUUUUCAUGUAACAAAGCAAAUUUUUGUUGAAAAAAAACCUGGGGAUUGAUGUACAAAAGAAGGGAACCUGUUGUGGUAGCCUUCAUUCAUUAUGUAGCUUUUAAAACUGAAUUUUGGCUAUCCUCUAGUCCUAAAAGUUUCACUGCAGUCCUAAUAUUGUAUUUACUAUACAGUGAUACAUCCCCCUACCUGGACACUCAAAUCAGUUUACACUGUUACUGCAAGUACAUUUAUGCUAUCAAAUUUAACUAUCUACGCUUUGAGCCAAAGUAAGAGGACUAAUUAUAAAAAUUGCAUAAACUUACUCCCUGUUCCGCAGACAACCUGAUGAUACAUAAUGUUGUGAGUAUCUGCACUGAUGUGAGGCUUUUCAAAACUUGCUACACCUCAAUGCAAUUAGUUUCCUCUGCACCAUGGCUUAGUCAUGCUACAGUGCUGCUGCAACAUCACAACUCUAUUUGUGAACCCUAUGGAUGAUCAUAUUGUGCUGGGUUUUAGGUUUUAGGUUUGGCCAUAAUGAUGAUCUGGUAGUCUGACUAGGGAGAACCACAAGCAAUAAUUCCCUUUCAUGCCCCUACCCUCCCAAUUUUACCUGAAUCUUUUUCUCUGACUCUCUCUGCCAGUUUGCAUAUUAAGUUUCACACACCCUCCAAGACUUAAAAACUAUUCUGAAAAUUAAACAUGGCAACUGAAAAAUCAGCAAGUAAAAUUAUUGGAGGAACAAGGACAUUCAUGUAUAUUUGGAACAGGACUGUUGCAGCUAGCAAUUUAUUAUAUUAAGACAUUUUUGUACAAAUGAUGUCAUUUCUUGAUUACAUAGAAGACUAACAUGCAUAUAACUUUGAGUAUCAAACUGAAAAAAAUGCUUCUCAUUUGUUGGGCUCAUGUAUUUUUUGUUUGGUUCUUUGCAUCCUGAAGUACCUUCACAUUAAGUUUUUCAAAUUCUGAUUUACAGAAAAGCAAAUACAAUUUCUAUCAUGGAACAUUGAGGGAAAUUAAUUUCUACUUUAUUUCCAUAUUUAAUGCCAAUAGGUGUGACGGGGAAAAAAAUAUUAAAAAUUAUAUCACAGCCCAAUUUUACAUAGGGACAGUUGAUUUUCUUGCCAUAAUAAUGGAAUAAGUAGUAAAGUUUCUUUUCAGUUGCAGGAAGUAUUAUAAUGCAGAUAUAACAUAAAAUUAAUUACCAAAUAACAUUAACCUCUUUAAUCAGCAAAGAAAGAUAGCUUCUGUAGCUGCUCAGCAUGUUAACUAGUAAGACAUAUAUGCGGUAUAUAAUUACGUAGUGUGAGAAUCAAACUAUAUACUGCUGUACAGGAUUUAUUAUUAAUAUUAUUCAUCCUGUUACAAAUCUACUGGUAUUGAUUGACCAAAAUACUUUUAAAGUCAAUGCACUUUCUGAAAGUAAGUGUAAUAGGGCAGCAAUCAUUUGUGUGGAUAAUAAUGUGCAAUAUUAUCGGUUCAAAGCCAUCACAUUAUUUUUUUAAAAAAAUAUGUAGCAGUUUUAAUGUAAAAACGUACAGUUGAUUUCCACUUCUUAAGCUUUAUUGUUCCAACUAAAGUGCCAUUUUUACUUUUUUUGGGAGCCACCAUUGAUGGUAAAAGUCUGUAAUGUCAUCUAACCCUGAAAUCCUUUCCCAAAACACACUGUAAGUUAUUAUUCCUCUUUAUGACGCUGUGCACUGCCAUGACUUGCCUUGCAUCAUCCAACAGAUGAUAGUUAAAUUCUUAGCCCUGUUCAAGACCUUUUGAAGAGUGCAUUUUGUGAAACUUUUUAAUUUCCUAAGAGUAAACUCAUAAAACUAAAAGUGGUUACCUGGUAUGACUAUCUCUAAUGCAGUACUUCAUAUUUGUUUGUUUUGUCAGUUGUUUGGUAGGACUAUCAGUCCUUUAUUGUCCCAGCCCACCUUAUAUCUUCCACAUACAGUAUAUCAUGAACAUACCAUGAAUCAUUUUCUCACUAUUAUGUUUACAUGAAGAUAUUUGGAAUAGCAAAUAAUUUGUUUGCUUUAAAAGGGUGUGCUUUUUUUGUUGUUGUUCUUUUGUUUUGUGUUUGGGGGUUUUUUGUGGGUUUUUUUUUUGGUUAAUAUAACAAGUAUUCCAAGACUGUAUGUCAUUGGGCUCAAAUAUCCUUUUCAGAAAUGCUGUGUUGGGCAUUCAGCAAUCCAAUUUCAAUAAUAUACCAGCUUGUUCCCAAAAAUGUGCCAGUCUUUAAAAAAAAUACAAGGGAAUUAUUUCACUUAUUCUUUCUAAUCAUUAUAUUUAGUUUGUGAAGCUUAUAUGGGCUCAUAUGUGGCAUUUCCCCUCCUCUUUUCACUGCCAGCCCUCCAGUGUAUACUGCAUCAAGGUGCCAUUUGGGGUAAAUUGGACUCUGACCUGCUCACAUGUAACCUUAAGCUAUAAUAGUCUAAUUUUGAGUUCCCAUAUUGUGUGUACUUAACUAUUGUGAUUUAUUUAAUAAAUCAUAGGCCAGUGAUCCAUGGCUUAAUUUAAUGUCUGUGAAGUUAAUAUUUUCCUAUAGUCAUCUUUGUCUGCUUCUAUAAAUUGAAUGAAAAAUGAACAUUUAAAAAAUUAUGCCCACCCCCUUUCCAUCCUUUAGAGGCAAUUAAUUGUGCAUAAUCUCCUCAAACGCAGUGACUCAUUUUUAUCAAUUUCAUUUUUUUUAAAGAGAGUUGUAAUUUUCUCAUUGGGGUUAUUAUUUAAAAGAGCACAACGUUUCUAUAGUUCUAUAACUUAGAGGUAAUCAGGUUGUAUGUACAAGCUGCACUAAUGUAUCUUUUUUGUAAAGUGAUGUAAGUAGACAAGAAGAUUGUAUAUCCCUUAGAAUUGCUAAGUAUAAAAGAAACAUUGUUUUAUAUCUUUAAAGCGGCAAAGUCGAGUUUUACAGAAAACUGCCAAAGUAUAAAGUUUCAGAUUGAUUGCCAUUUUAAAAAUUAUUGCUAAAACCCUGAAAUUAUUUACAAUGGUGUGAAUACCUUCAGAUUAUCUUUUUUAGAAUUUACUAGCAACGUCACACAAGCAACUUUGGGAUUCCCUUUUAUCCUUCCAGAAAUAACUGAAUUAAUGCUGAUCACUGUGUAUAUAGUUUAACAAUAAAGUAACUCUAUUUUUUUUAAGUGUCUUUUCCAAAGUAGACAGCAUUUAAAUUUCCAUUGCUUUUUAGCAAAAAAGCUAAAUCAACCACAUUGAUAUGCACAAUGUGGCUAUUCAAAUACUUAAUUUACAAAACCCUGGAAAUUCUUAAUUUAAGUGCCAUGUGUGUUGUAUGACAGCUUUAUAAUCCCAAAUGACACUGUUGGUAAAGUGAACUGAUCAUGCAGUCAUUUUGUUAUAAUGUUUUUGUUUGUGCAUAUUCCACUUAGUCUUUUUCCACCUUUAUAGAAAUAUCUGGUUACAAGAGAUCAAAAUGCUUAAUUUUUAAGAACUAUAUUUGUAAAAAAAAUCAAUUGUGAAUAAAGUCUUUUAGUAAAUG